UAGUUGGUGCCCGGAGGAAGUAAUACGUGAUGCAAAAUGGCCGCUUUUGUUUGCUAAAUGUGCUGCAUGAACAAGAGGAAGGGAAUACCAAAUUGUUGUUGCAAAAUUAUUCCCGCUGUCAAUAUAUAUUCAGCAUUGGUCCGAUUGAAAUUUGGGAUUUUAUGGCGAAUACGCUGGAUUUCAGGACCCACGUGGAUCAGUCAUGCAGAUAUUCAGAAGAAUUUGUCAACAUAUACUACGACUGCAUGGAUAAGAAAAGGAGGAACUUGACCCGACUCUACCUGGACAAGUCGACCUUGGUGUGGAAUGGGAACGCGGUGUCAGGACAGGAUGCCCUCAGCGAGUUCUUUGAGUCUUUGCCUUCGAGCGAGUUCCAAGUUCAAACCCUGGAUUGCCAGCCAGUUCAUGAGCAAGCUACACAAGGUCAGACCACACUGCUUGUGGUGACUGGUGGGACGGUGAAGUUCGAAGGAAACAAACAGCGUUUCUUCAACCAGAACUUUCUUUUAACAGCGCAGGCUACACCCAACAAUGACCAGCCUGUUUGGAAGAUUGCAAGUGACUGUUUUCGCUUUCAAGAUUGGAAUAGCUGAGGCUGUCCUGAUCUAAAAUGUAUGAACACUCAACAGUGAUCAAACUCCACUUUUAUUAG